AUUACACCAUUGAUUCUGUCAAAAAAGAAGAAUCAUGUUCUUGAUGCUCUUAUAAAAGAGAAAAUAAAUUGAUUAUUAAUGAUUCGUGUGACCUUAUAAAAGUAACCCUUUAAAAGUCUUUCAAGAUAUUAAGAUAUAAAUAAUACAUGUGCUUUUUAAGUUUCUUGCAUCUUUUAAACAAUAACCUUGUUCCUCCCCCCCCCCCCAAAAGCCUCUACUGUACAAGCACUACUGUAUUCUUGGAUGAUUCCACACAUAUAUCUCUUUUCAUUGGAUUAUAAAUGAAAAUCCAAUUCUUAAUGUUUAAGCUGUCCUAUGAGAUACCUUAAUAGAGCAUCUCGUCUUUCUAUAUUUCUAGCGUCCUUUCUUCCAAGGAAAGCAUUAUCGAUCACAGCCCCAGUACUGUACUAUUUAUUUAUGUUGGGUCUGCACAGACAGUCUACCGGUGAUUAACCAAGAGACCAGAUGGAAGGCAAGGAUGUAUUUCUCCGGUACUGCAAGAUCCUCUUUGCCACAGCUAGAAGAAGAUGUGUGAGCUCUAGAACGUCCUCGGAGAUGGAGCUGCUGGGGGUGAGAGAAACCUCAGCUGGGACACCAAGAUGCAAAGGAAGAAACAAAACCUGCAGGUCCAGUAUGUGGUUUGAGAAAACGGACAGUACCAGAUGCCCAAAUUGCGAAAAGCAGCCCUUUCCUGUCUGGUGAUAUGCACAAUGAAAGGAAGUUUGAGACUCCAUUUGAGAGAUUUCCAGCACACCGGCGGUCCUCAUCUCCUCACGCGCCAUCGAUUUCUAGGACCAACCAGCCCAUAACCAUCAGAUCUGAUCAUAUCAAAGAAGAACAUCUGAUGUCUAACUUAGAGCUAUCUGAUGAUUCUGAUGCCGUGGGAAACUACACCAACGAGUUUGGAGAUCGUAGUGAUGCAGAGAACCGUGGAAUAUUGUUGAAUGAUCAAAUUCCCGGCCUGCGCCAAGCAGAUGAAUCAGAUGGAGCAAACAAGUCCCCCCCGGGGAUAUCUAUCGAUGGUGCACCCUCGAACAUCUUGAAUGUUGCUUCCAAAAAAUUGAGGAAAAGAAAAUUUGGCACGAGCAAUGGUGGAAAACAGCAGAAAGUGAAGAUAGACAAAAAAAAUAGAUUUGACGAGUUUGGAUGCAAGCGCAUCAAGAAUGAAAACACUUCCAUGGAGGCUGAGAAUGAAUUACUGAUGAGCAAAUGUGCUCGGGCGAUAAAUGAUCUCAAUCGUAAAAGGCAAACUUUGGAGUACGUGAAGGACAAAUUGAAUGAAGAGACUGCUGUGAUUGCAGAGCUUUCCAUGAUUCUGCGGUCUUGCAGGUGAUCCGUCCAGUCAUGUUUAGGUAUCCAAGGACGAGGGUGUGGUUGGUUUGCUUUGCUUAUUUGUGUACCAUUUUCUUUAAAGUUGUGUGUAACAUUUUAUAUGUCGACUCUAUCGACCUUGUGUGUGCUUAAAGUCGUGUGUAUCGACUCUAUCGAACUUGUGUGUAACAUUUUCUAUGUCGACUAUAUCGAGCUUGUGUAUUUUUAAAGUUGUGUGUAACAUUUUCUAUAUAUAUCGAACUUGUGUGUGUUUAAAGUUGA